AUGGGUUGCGGAAUGAGCACUGAGGAUAAGGAGGGCAAGGCCCGGAACGAGGAGAUUGAGAACCAGCUCAAGCGCGACAAGAUGCUGCAAAGGAACGAGAUCAAGAUGUUGCUUCUCGGUGCCGGAGAGUCUGGAAAAUCCACGAUCUUGAAACAGAUGAAGCUCAUUCACGAGGGCGGUUACUCGCGCGACGAACGAGAAUCCUUCAAGGAGAUCAUCUAUAGCAACACCGUUCAGUCCAUGCGGGUCAUCCUCGAGGCCAUGGAGUCUCUCGAGUUGCCCUUGGAGGAUGCGCGCAACGAGUACCACGUUCAAACCAUCUUUAUGCAGCCCGCCCAGAUCGAGGGUGACAGCAUCCCCCGGAGCUACUUCGAUGCCAUUGACCGCAUUGCCCAGCCCGACUACCUUCCCACCGACCAGGAUGUUCUCCGUUCGCGUGUCAAGACUACCGGUAUCACCGAGACCACCUUCAUCAUUGGCGAUUUGACCUACCGGAUGUUCGACGUCGGUGGUCAGCGAUCCGAGCGUAAGAAGUGGAUUCACUGCUUCGAGAACGUCACCACCAUUCUGUUCUUGGUCGCCAUCUCCGAGUACGACCAGUUGCUGUUCGAGGACGAGACCGUCAACCGUAUGCAAGAGGCCCUGACCCUGUUCGACUCCAUCUGCAACUCCCGGUGGUUCGUAAAGACUUCAAUCAUUCUUUUCCUCAACAAGAUCGAUCGCUUCAAGGAGAAGCUGCCCGUCAGCCCGAUGAAGAACUAUUUCCCCGAUUAUGAGGGUGGUGCCGACUACGCCGCUGCCUGCGAUUACAUCCUCAACCGCUUUGUGUCCCUGAACCAGGCCGAGCAGAAGCAGAUUUACACCCACUUCACCUGCGCCACCGACACUACCCAGAUCCGCUUCGUUAUGGCUGCCGUGAACGAUAUCAUCAUCCAGGAGAACCUCCGUCUCUGUGGUUUGAUCUAA